AUGGAUGACCAGAAGCAGCUAUUUUUAUUUACAUUCCCAAUUCACACAAAUGAGCAUGUUUUGAUUGAUCGGCAAGGAACACCAUUUCCUAAAAAUCCACUGCACGUGAGUAAUUCAACUUUAAAAGAAGCAUUCACUGCUCGAAAUCAUCACGGCGCUGUAGCCACACCAGCGCUUGCAGAUAUUGAUGCAGAUAGCGUAACGCAAAUUGUUUGUGGUCCAAAUCAUGUAGCGUUUCUAUUCAAGUGUGGUCGUGUUGCACGAUUAAAAUACACAAUAACAGCAGCUGCUAAAGAAGAGAAUGCUAGUGAUGAUAAGAAUGCUGCCGUUGGAACCCCAGGUGGUAAUUCUGGAAGUAGUGGAGGUGGGGUUGCUAAUGCAUCGACUGGGGGCACUAGUUCAUCUGCAGCACUAAGCCGUGGAGCUAAAAUUAGACGGGUAAUGAUGGCAGCGAGACGGACAGCAAAUGCUUUGGGAGAACGUGCGGGUGUUAUUGUUGACCGAAGCCGAUCGCUUGUCCCUCUCAGUUCCAUUCCUGAGGAUCUCAUUGCUCAAGCACAAGUUGUUUUACAAGGAAAGUCACGCGAGGUUAUAAUACGAGAGCUUCAGCGAACAAAUUUGAAUGUAAACGAAGCUGUAAAUAACUUGCUUAGUCGUGAUGACGAGGAAGGUGAAGAUAUGGAUGAUGGUUCCGAAGCAUAUCUUCCCGAAGAGCUUCUGUCAUUGUUAGAUGUUGGAUUAAGAAGUGAUUCACAUGGAAGUGCUGUCAUUGAUGGGGACAAUUUAUAUGCCAGUGGAGAAGGUUUCGACUAUGUUGUAGCUAGGGAUAUUGCUCGAAGACGAAGUGAUAGGGAUAAGAAAAGUGACAAAGGAAAAGAAUCUUCUUCGGAGACUCACACACGUUUAAAAUGCGAUGAACAUUUGCAAUACUGGGGUGGCAAAGCAGACACAUUUCCGACGGGUGUAACAAAGUUUAUCAAAAUAGCUUCUAUGAGUAGUGAACUAGUUGCAUUAGCUGACAAUGGUUUUUUCUAUGGCUGGAAUUGGAAGAAAAAUGAACAGGGAUCAUUGACACCACAUCCUUUUGCCUGCAAACUAUUAUCUAGUGCUGUACAAGAAGAGAAAUUUGUGGACAUUGUUUCAUGUCCAUUUCGUGCUUGCCUUGCAACAUCUAUGAACCGAGUUGCAUCAUUCAUGGAUGCUGAGGCCUGUGGUAUCAAGAUAUCUAAUAUACUAUUGACGCCGUUGAUGGAAAUACCAGAUGGAGAAAAAUAUGCAUCAUUAUAUGUGUGUCCUAUGGGCAUAUACCCAUUUAACGAAAGACGGAAGUUGUGGGAACGUACGCGCUCGAAAGCACGUCGCAGCUCAAAUAUACCACCACCUGAAGUAGUCGAAGGUUGUGAAGUUCGAACGAAAUCGCAUCCAAUAUAUACAGCGGGUGCAAUAGCUUUAAAUUUCAAUACUGGAACGCCUAUGGUUGGCGCGCUGAUGGAAUCGGCUUGGACGCUAUCAGAACUGUGUAGAUUUCGAAUAAUGACACCAGCACAACACGAUGAGACAAGUGUUGAUGACGGUUCGUCCCUCAAUUCUUCUGCGCAUCAAUCGGCUGAUAAAAAAGGCUCCUUGAAUCAACACGGUAAGAGACCACGUGAAGAACAGAAAGGAAGCGCCUAUAGAGAAGCUGCAUGGGCUUUGAGCGAAGUAGUAUUUAUUCACAAGGGGAGCUCACAAGACACUGCUAUUGUCAAAAUUGUAAGUUUUCCAAAUUUCAUACCAGGAUUGGUAGAUGGGGCUUAUUGUGGAGUUUUAUAUAAGCCUGUCAGCUCUAGUUGUGAAGACCAAGCGCAAGGGAGUAUUGAUUUUGGAAAAAUACGAUUGAUGCGGAAAGAUGAUCUUGUUGUGGUAACACCAAACAAUAAGACACCUGGUUGUCCCGAAAAUUUCCAGAAAAGUCUGCAAAGAAUAAAACUGCCUAGUAGUAUAUCAAUGAAAAAAACAUUCUCUUUGGCAGUAGAUGAUAGUGGUUUACAACUAUUAGCUGAAAAACGCGGUCGUUUUCAUUUGGUACGCAUAAGUGUGUUUGGAAAAAUUCAGAGUGACCACGUUUUGCCAGUGAAUACAUCUGCUAUGUCUAAUGCAGGCACGAUUUUACCACGGAUUGAAAAUUGUGGCGAAGAACUGCUUAUGGUUAUAAGUGAUAGCAAUGGUUCAAUAAUACCAAUGGUACGUGACUCAGCGGGUGUGUUUCGCGAACCGAUUUACUGUGCUAUACCGAAUUUACAUCAUUUUGCAGUUGGAUUGAAGAUAUUGGAAGAUUGUGAUGUAGUAGGAAGUGAAGACACAGGAGUAUUAAGAAGCGGAGUAUGCACGGGACUUUUGGUGACUUUAGUUGCUCCAUCACCAUCUACUACUCGUCCGCGAAUACCUUCCUUACUACAAACCAUAUUGUACUGUGAUUUGCAAGGCGUGGAUUUAGUGCUUGAUGCACUUUCAAAAGAAGCAGAUCAAGAUGUUGUAAGAACGGAAAUUUUGGUUGCUCGUGCUGAUGGAAACAGGACAAUUUUUCAUGCCGCAGUUAUGAAUAGUUUUGCGGUGACAAACAAAGAUGAAGCAGAUACGAUGGAAAUAUCGGUUGAAACUGAAAAUAAACCAUUGCAACGUUUACAAGUUACAGCAGAAGAUAUGUCAGCUGCUGAAGAGGCUCGUGUUGCUUUUGAUCACCGUUGGCAGUGCAUGCUUAGACGUCAUGGUGCUAAUGCUGAGGAGCAAUUGCUAAUAAGAGAACUUAUGGCGAAUAAUCCACUACGUAGACCUGGUCACGAUGUAGGCAAUAUGGAAGAUAUGUUGGCAGAUUUUGCAAGGAGCUUAAAAGAGGCAAAAAAGCCACCCAUUUUCUUUGAAGAUAUAAAAGACGAAGCAUCGAUGCCAAUUAUUGUUAAUGCCAUUAGUGAACCAAAAUUGAGACAGAGCAAUGCGAUAGAGAUUGUCAAGACUCUUUGCUGUAGCUCAGUCGUUGCACCAUAUCUGUUCGAACUGUUGACAACAAAGGAUAUCAACGGACAUACACCUUUUAUGUGUGCUGUUAACUGCAGAGCAUACACUGCAGCUUACAUUAUUUGGCUUACUGCUGAAGAGUUGCUGAAAGAAGCACAGAUUUUAGGAUCUCAAGGAAAAAAGCAAUCAUCUGAUGUGGUCUUAUAUUCGAUAAUAUAUCCUUCAGGAAGUAGACUUGAUGACUCACCUCUGUUUAUGUUAUGUAUGAAUGAUACAUGCAGUUUUACAUGGACGGGUGAUGAACAUAUUAAUCAGGACAUAUUCGAAUGUCGAACAUGUGGAUUAGUUGGUACACUCUGUUGUUGCACGGAAUGUGCAUAUACUUGCCAUCGUAAUCACGAAUAUAGAUUGAAAAGAACGUCUCCAACUGCUUAUUGUGAUUGUUGGGAAAAAUGUUCUUGUCGAGCUCUUAUUAUGGGAAAUACAGCACGUCGAGAAAAAUUGCUAUCGGUAUUAAUCAGUAGCACUGAUCUCACCUAUCGGACGAAUUCUAGAGGAGAGCAUCUGUUGCUAUUUUUGGCACGAACUGUUGGGCGACAAAUUGUUGAACAGGAGCAUUUUCAACGCCGGGUGCUGAAAAAAACUCAAGGAUCAAUGAUUGACAGUGCUCCGGAACAUGAUUUGGAGCCUCCAAAAUUUGCACGAACUGCUUUCGUAAAACUUCUUGGAGAUUGGCGUACUGUUAAAAGUUUAGUAAUGUUGGGUGUCAAAGGAUCACUAAACGAUGCAGUAAUAAUAGAAGAUGUGUUUCAUCUCAAUCAGCAGCAUGGUUGUGCGCAUCUCGACAGAUUUGUUUUCACUUUGUUAGCAAAGUGCUCUGAAACGCAUAUCGACACCCUGCUCAAUACAUUGAUAGCAGAAGCAAAUAGAAAGGUUACUGAUGAAGUAAAACGAGAUCCUGACAUCGAUUAUAUAAUUUCACGUUUCAUGCGCUCAGUUAUCAGGAUGUUUAGUUUAUUGACUUUGCUAUCACCGACUGCGAUAACCGUUGCAACUGCUGCAGUGAGUGGAAUAUCACAAGCACCUCCGACUGGAAACACGCCUCCAAGACGAGUCUUUGGUCCUGGUUUACAUGCUGUUAGCUUUACGGGUUUGUUAUCCCUCGUUCGCUCAACAAGUGGACGUGAGAGUUCCGCGACCAAAGAAGCUAAAAAGAAAAAUAUAACCAAUUUCGUUUUGAAAUGCCGCCGCAUAUUUCAAACUUUGCUGAACUAUUCAAUCAGUGAACUCUGCAAUAUGGCUGAUUCCCUUAUCGCUCCUGUUCGACUAGGGAUAGUAAAGCCUACUUCAAUAGUUGCGCAAAAUGUUACCACUGAUCCUCUUGAUGCAUUAGAAAAGUUUUUGAAUGGAAAAACCGAUUUGUCCACGAUAAACAGUAUCGGAGAUGAUUCAGUUGUAACAAGAUUUGGUCGAAAAAGGCGGCGAAGUAUACGGCGGGAUGGAGAUCAUGGCGAAGAAGAAACUCGUGAUGGCACACAGUCACAGAGUGCACCGGAAAGUGAUAACUCGACUGAUUCUGAUAGUGACGAAUCUCGUCCUACCAGAAGCCAAAGUUAUGUUGGUGAAAUGUAUAGUGCAUUUCGAGGCAAAAUUAUUGAUUCUCGAAUUGAGAAAACUCAGAAUCAAGUGUCAUCUGGUAAUUAUGAUGGUGAUGAGCUGUUCAGUUUAUCUGACGAAGAUGCAGAUGAUGACUCGGUUGAUACAAUUAGUUCUCCAACUGAACAAGAUGAUGACCCGACUAGUCAAGGAAAUGAUCCUAAUAUUGACGAAGAAGAAGAUGAGAAUGAUGAUGAUGGAAAUGGUGAAGAUGAACAAACAUUUGGAAAUGAGGAAGAUGAUGGUAAUUUCGAAGAAGGUUACGAACAUGAGGGUAAUGAAGAAGGAAAUGCUGAUGGUGAAGAUGAAGAUAUGCAAGUAGAACCAAAUGAAGACGAUGAAGUACCUGGCAGUGGUGAUGAAGUGCGACCUCGACAUGUACGAACUAAUCGGCGAAGAUCGUCUACUUUUCUUUCUCCUAAGAAUCAAACCUCGCGAAAUCCCCGAACAAGAAAUAAUCCACCAGUAGAACAGCAGCAAAGUACAUUAUCACUUACUAGUUCGACUAAUGCAUCACAGCAGCGUGUUCGAAGUAAUGAAGAUAAUAAUGGAGAACGUAACAAUGAUGCUACCUCGGCAAGAACUUCAGGUGUAACAAGUGGAAGACAUAAUGGCAUUUGUCCUUACUACAUUUUUUCCAUAUUAGCUGUACCUCUUCAAUGGGCUAUACGUCGAAUGGUUUCAAAUGCUGAUCGCUCAAACACAUCACGACGUAAUGAUAAUGAUAAUCAAGACACGAAAAUGUCAGACUUUAUUUACACUGUUGCAGACUCAAAUUCACGUUCUAGAACAAACGCACGACAGCAGCGCGAAUCAUCCGAAGAAGUUGCUACAUCAAUAUCGAAAACAAAUCUGCAACUAUCAUUAUGUUUUUCACUUAUCAUCAGAUUGAUUGUGGAUUUGAUGCCAAUGCUUGCGGACCAUAGAGAAUAUAUGAAGAGUUCUUACUCACACAUACCGAAAAUGCUUGAAUUAAAUGAUGCUGUUGUGGUUGCAAUACGUCGAUUGAUAGAAGAACGUCUCUGUGUUGUUUGGCAAUGGAUGGAAACUGUUUUAGAUCGAACAGAAGCUCAAGUACGAUUUGGAAAUGCCUUAAUGUCGACGCCUAGCACGGCUGCUAUCCUUCGAAAAGAGAAAAACCGAUUAUUGAAGAAAAGUGACGAUCGUGACAAUGAAAAGCGCACUUCGCGGCCUGCAUCGGGUAAUCACACUAGUACACCAGUUCCUAGACAAGAUUUCUCAUCAGGACCUGCAGCUGCUAAUAAUAAAAAAGAAGAACAAAAUUUGGAUUCUGCAGCAUCAUUAGAAGAUUUCUUUGACUAUGUAACAGCACUCAUGCGUUCUCAUGCGUCUGAAAAUGGUGAUGAUGUGCCGAUUAUCGAAGUAAAUGCAUUGAGAUCCUUAGCUUAUGUAGCAGAUGCAUACCUAUCAUUAACUGAUAUGCUAGAGAAAAUCGAUGCUAGAAUCGCUUUGGGUCUGAAUGUAACAGGUGCUGUAACGAACGAAAAAGAAGUUGUUGAUAUGUUCCAGAAUGAAACACCUGUUAACGAAGAAACUAAGGCAUGUUCACAAGUGGCUCCAAUAAACGAUUUUUUCCAACGUUCAAAUUCGUUGCUGUAUCCUGGAAUCCCAACGUCGUCUGCGUACCAUGCCUUUGAGCACAAGUGUGCAGAUUCUUUACCUUUGGCUGAAUAUCCGCAACUUCUAAGACCCGAUGCUGAAAAAGAAGAAAUGUUUGGGUUACCGAUAAAGCAUAAAACUGCUUGUGAUCAUAAGAAAUCUAUUCAAGAACAAGGGACGAAGUAUCCAGGACAUCAAGGACUAGUUUCUCCAUGGUCUAAUUAUCAAGAAAUGUUGCCUCCGAGUUCAGUUGUAAAUACCAGUGGUAGCAUCUAUAAAAAAUUUCUUUCUGCUGGUUAUUUUUAUGUGCUUACAGAUGAGAAAGAAACUUCUGUUAGUGGUCCGUCACGUCCAAAUGUUAUUGUUCAUGCGAAGAGUGUUUCUAAUGAACAAAUGACGCAAGGAAAACGUCGACGCCUAUGCUCAUUUUCGACAGUUCCAUCUCCUCGCGGAUUUACUCCAGUACAAUUGGAAAGUUUGAGAAAUUUACUGCUUUCUGUUAAUCAAAGUCAGUUACAUAAAUCACUAGCUCGAUGGAAGAAUACGCUUAUUUUAAUGGCAAGAGCUUUUUAUCAACAAUUACUGAUUGCCUGCGGAGGGGAAGUUACGGGCUCAAUUCUUUUAAGUGAAAUGGCAGGUUUUUCUGUACGCGAAAUGCAGUUUCGUAAGAAAAUGGAAAGAUUUAGAGCUUCACAAAGUAGAGACAUAGUUUUCGAGAUCGAACGAGACAAACAUGAGAUGAUUGCUCAAACUAUUCGUCAAUUAAAUUUGCAUUAUUGUCGACGUGUUAGUAGUCCAUCAGUGAAUAACACACCACAGAACAAUAAUUCAGAAACACCCAGAGAUUCUGGUGCAGUACGAGCGGUGAGACUAAUAAAUCUCACGUGGUCUAGUGCUGGUAGUAGUGAUAUUGAUUCACCUCCUCUUGCCUCUCAUAAGGUGAAAGUUACUUUUAAAAAUGAACCUGGAGAAGGAAGUGGGGUUGCAAGAAGUUUUUAUGCAGCAAUUGCUGAUGCAUUUUUGACGAUGAAGCGUCUGCCAACGGAAGCUCAGGUGUUAGCUUCUUUUGGGAAUACACUGGUUGACGCUCUACCACCGUCAAAUAAUCGAGGAUCUGCUCGUGCAAAUUACCGGGAACGUAGUGCGGUUCUUCUUAAUAACUUAUCAAUGGCUGGUAGACGACGAAAUUUACGGAAUCGAUAUGCUUUAUCAAUUUUAUCGCAGCCGUUUUAUCCGCGUCAGCAGCAACAAGCCGAUGAGUCAUCGGGCGAUAGCGGAUCUGUACCUCCGUCAGAUCACUCUUCAGUACAAGCGCCAGGGGUAUGGGAACCUGAACGAGAGACGUUGGGAGAAAGAUUGUUAACGCGAGUUCAAGCGAUUAGACCGCAAAUGUGUAACAAAAUUACGGGAAUGUUGUUAGAUCUGCAACCACAUCAACUAGUAACAAUAUUAGCAAGCGAAGAGCUGCUUCGAGCGCAAGUUGAAGAAGCUUAUGAAAUGAUUCAAGCAACAAAUUUAGAGAACAUUGAAGAGGAUCAUGUUGACGAAUCAGCAUCCUUGAAUCGUGGGCAACCGGUGCAAGCAAGAACUGGACCGAUAGCACGAGCUGCCAGUACUCCUAACCUUAAUGUUGCUAUUGAGCCCGGCGCAGUAAUAGUUGACGAUGAUAUUGCACCUCUAUUUUAUCGCCCAAAUAAAUCUGGUUGCUACACUCCAAUUGCGGGGAAAAAUUCUUCCCAUCGCAUCAAUGCUUUUCGCAAUGUUGGGAGAAUGAUGGGAAUUUGCUUAAUGCAAAUGGAAAUAUUCCCACUGCAUCUUUGUCGUCAUGUGUUGAAAUUUAUCCUCGGGCGUCCAAUCAACUGGUUUGAUCUCGCAUUUUAUGAUGAUGUUUUGUUUGAAUCCAUGCGUGCACUGGUAUAUAGUGACGGUCCAACACGACCUGAACAAAUCAACAACUCGUAUUUGGUUUUCGAAAUCGAUGUUCCAGAAGCAGAGGGUGGGGGUACUGUGGAACUAAAGCCAGGUGGUGCAAAUAUCCCUGUAACAGCUGACAACAUCGUGGAAUACAUCUAUUUGUUUGUGGAAGCGCGAAUGCUUGGCAAGCAUGUUCGUUGUCUUGAGGCUAUGAAACAAGGGGUUUAUGAUGUCAUUCCCCGAGGAUCAUUAGCGAAUAUGACUGCUGAGGAUUUGCGUCUUCUGCUUUGUGGCACACAAGAGAUUUCAAUGACUUUGAUGCAGAGCUAUACAUCUUUCACGGAUGAAAGUUCGGCAUCGCCGCAGUCAUUACAGCGAUUCAAAGGAUGGUUUUGGUCGAUAUGUAAUAAAAUGAGCAGUCAAGAGAAACAGGACUUAAUCUUCUUUUGGACUGGUUCACCAACUCUUCCGCCAAGUGAGGAAGGUUUUCAGCCAUUGCCUACAGUUCUUGUACGUCCUGCUGAUGAUCUUCAUCUACCCACAGCUAAUACCUGCAUAUCCCGGCUCUAUGUACCACUCUAUCCGAGCAAAAAGCUCCCACUAUCUUCAUUGAGCUCUGCUUUUGCUAAUUUCUUAGAAUAUAAUCAGGCUCUGUUAAAAUCUGCCAAGUGUGUCCUGUGUGAAUGGAUGUUGCUAAACAUAUAG